CUAUAAAAAAUUAAUAUUCCAGCUCUUAAAAGAUUGUUCUGUCUUCACCCUAUUAUUGAAGCAUAUAAAAUCAUUAUGCUUCUUGUUUUUUCUUUUUUAAGAUUGACUUCUUUGUGAGUAAUUGGAUCUAUUAUCAGUACCGAUGGCAUCAUCUAGUAGUUCUGAACUGUCAGUGCGAAUUGAAGUGCCACCGGAUUCCCGAUCCGAAGCUGAAUCGAGCUGGAACAGGGUUGCUAGUGAUACUGGUACUCUCCAGUAUCGUACUGACCGUGUUAUCAACUCUCUCCCGGCCGAUUCGGACUUUAAUUCUUUAGCUAAGGAUUACUUUGACAACUCAAAAAAUACUUUAGAGCUCUGUACUGCCACAAGGGAUUGCCUCACACGUGCUCAAAACAAUCACGAAAUUAUUCGGUUGGCGGUUAAGUGUUUCGAUGAAGAAGUUGGGACCGACGAGAAGAAAUCCGGUAAGACCUUGGAGGAACUGAAAAGGUUCAAAGCAGCCGAAGAGCCUUUCUUUGAGAAGUUACAUGUACUAGCAGGCAGGGUCCAUCUGCAACAAGAAUCGUUGCAACGGAAGUGUAAUGCUCGGAAGGGAACGCUUGAAAAGAAAUUGGCAUCACUGGAAACAUGGAGGAGGGUGUCGUUGGCCCUUUUUGUUGUCGCUUUUUUUUCCGUGUUGAUUUUUUCCGUGGUGGCGGCAACCAAGUCCGUAAAGCAUGUCAUAACAGCUUUGGGUAGUGCGUUGACGGUUGCUAUAGUUCCGGUCGGGACAUGGUGCAACGAGCGUUGGAAGCGAGACAAGGAAAAGGUGAAAAAGAAGCUGAAAUUAACAACUAUAACGGAGUUCUAUGCUGCUCAUACACUCAUCAUAAGGGUGCUUGUUGACCGAUUGGAAGUUAAAUUCAAGUCACUGUUGCACUCCGUUGAUUCUGUGUUCACAGAAGGAUAUGCUUUGAAGGUCGCGAUGGAUAAGAUCAAAAAAGAUUUGAAAGAUGUUACGGACACCAUCCCGGAUGUGCUUCGACGGGCGGAUGACCUUGACCGUGAAACAAUGAUGGAUUGGCAAGAGAUUUUGAAGCGGAUGAUGGACACGCUGUAGCACAUCUGUGGAAUUAUUUUAAAUAUUAUUUGAUAUAAAAAAUUUAGCGAUUUUUUUUCAACUUUAGAAAAAUAACCCAUAAUUCAUUUAGGUAUUAUUUUUUACAAGCUUUCAGAAAAUUUAGUGGUUAUGUCUUGAGGGAUUUUAUUUCGGGUUUCAGGGUUUAGUUUUAUCACAUCUUUUAUACCCUUCUUUUUUACCAUUUUAAUAAAAUUAUCUUUUCCUGUGGUUUUUUAUCCUCUUCGGAGGGGUUUUUCCACGUAAAA